AUGGAUAAGGUUGCUCAGAUCUGGGACACUGUCCCCCAAUAUGGUCAAUGGGCCCUUGCUGGCAUUGGCGCCCUUUACGUCGCUGCUCGCGUCGGCGCUUUCCUCCAGCUCCUCCUUAACGCUUUCAUCCUGAGCGGCACCAACCUCCGCAAGUAUGGCAAGAAGGGCACUUGGGCUGUCGUUACCGGCGCCUCGGAUGGUCUCGGCAAGGAGUUCGCCCAGCAGCUCGCCUCCAAGGGCUUCAACCUCGUUCUCGUCUCUCGCACUCAGUCUAAGCUGGAUACCCUCGCCCGCGAGCUUGAGCUCAGAUGGGAUGGUCUCAAGACCAAGACCUUCGCCAUGGACUUCUCCAAGGACGAUGAUUCCGACUACGAGCGUCUUGCCGAGCUCAUCAAGGGCCUCGACAUUGGUAUCUUGAUCAACAACGUUGGCCAGUCCCACAGCAUCCCCGUUCCCUUCCUUCAGACCGACCGCGACGAGCUCCAGAACAUUGUCACCAUCAACUGCCUCGGCACACUCAAGACCACCAAGGUUGUCGCUCCCAUCCUUGCCCAGCGCAAGAAGGGUCUUAUCCUCACCAUGGGCUCUUUCGCCGGUGUCAUGCCCACUCCCUACCUCGCCACCUACAGCGGCAGCAAGGCUUUCCUCCAGCACUGGAGCAGCGCUCUCUCUGCCGAGCUCAAGGACCAGGGCGUCGAUGUCCACCUUGUUGUCAGCUACCUCGUCACCACUGCUAUGAGCAAGAUCCGCCGCAGCAGCCUCCUCAUCCCCAGCCCCAAGCCGUUCGUCCGCUCUGCUCUCGGCAAGGUUGGCCUCAACAGCUCCGAGCCCUUCCCCAACACCUACACCCCCUGGUGGAGCCACGCCGUUUUCAAGUGGGUUAUUGAGAACACUGUUGGUGCCUACAGCUACAUCACCCUCAGGGUGAACAAGAACAUGCACAUCGACAUCCGCAACCGCGCUCUGCGCAAGGCUGCUCGGGAGGCAAAGAAGCAGUAA